CAACCCUGCUCUACUCCCAGCUGAAUAUCAAUCUGCUACGGAAACAGAUCACACUCUUCCCUCCAUGACUCUGGUACAAGACCCAUUUACGCUGCUGCUUAUCUGACUGCAGGGGCUACGGAGAGUGGCAUUUUUGGCGGCAGGGUAUCAAAGCCCCAUUCCAAGCCAUACAUGGCAUCCCUCCAGUUUGGACAGCACCAUUCCUGUGGCGGGGUACUUAUUAGGGAGGACUAUGUUCUGACUGCAGCACACUGCAAAUUUUCAUCAAAUUACCCCAUGACCGUGGUGCUCGGAGCCCACAACAUCAGCAAGAGAGAGAAAAGUCAGCAACGGAUCGACGUGGCAAAGUACCACAAGCAUCCAGCCUAUACAGAAGGAUCAUAUGAUUGGGACAUUAUGCUGCUUAAGCUAAGAGAAAACGCCACUAUCAACAAAUUCGUUAAGGCCAUCGGGUUACCUAGGAAGGAGGGAAGAGUCCCUGCCAACGUUGCCUGUGUGGUUGCUGGCUGGGGUAAAACCGGAGCCAACAAGCCUUCGUCUGUGCUGCUGAAGGAGGCCAAGGAGAAGAUCCAGUUCAGCGUUGAGUGCAAAAAUAAGUGGAAGCAAUAUUUCAAUUCCAAAAAUAUGAUUUGCACCACUUUCGAUAAGAAAAAUGGAGGAAUAUGCCAGGGGGAUUCCGGGGGACCCCUCAUCUGCAACUCCAAGCCUCAAGGCAUCACUGCGUUUACGGUAGAUGAAGCUUGUGACGAUCCCAAUUAUCCCCACGUCUUCACUAAAAUCCAUGCCUUUCUCCCCUGGAUUAAGGACGUGAUGCGGGAAUGAGCUUUUUUUUUUUAAAAGGCUUAAUUUCCUCAUGAACCUGGAACUUCAUACCAACUGAGAUUAGAAACCAAUCAAAUUAUGCUUCUUUUAAAUUUUAUCUAAAAAAGUGGUUAAUUAGUGGCCAAGGCUGUCAACAUUAAAUUUUAGUGCUUCAUUUUCCUGGCUUGUUGCCUAUUAGUUUGUCUAGUUACACUGUUGCUUUUUGUGCAUGGCUUUUUAUUCUGUGUUUAGUGCUUUUGUUUUGUUAGUUUUUGGCCUGUUAGUGCGUUAUUGUGUCUCGUGUUAUUAAUGUUGAUGUUUCUGUUGCUGCUUCAUGUUGUUUCUGUUUUCCUUUGUAGCAAUUGUCUGUUGUUGAGCUUAUGUUAACCUGUGUGUGUAUGUAUUUUAGCUUAGUCUCUUACCUUUUAAUCUUUAUUCUGAUGUAGCUUUCUUAUUUGGAAAUGUUUUAUUGAUUAUAUCUUAAUAAUUUUUCUUUUAGGUUGACUAUUUUACACUAGUCCAGGGACAGCAGAUGCAAAAUAGCCUUUUUGGCUAAUUCUGGCAUAUUUUACAUUUGUUUAAAUCUAUUAAUAAUGUGCAUUGUUCCUGAUAACUAAACCUUUAAAUAAUAAAUAAAUGAAAUAUAAAUGCG